GCUAGGCGCAAACCAUCCACACGCAUUGCCCUCGUGCGAUUUCCCCCCAAAUUUCAGCGCGAAACGCUAGAUCGGGUGGGGAUGGCGUCCGGCGGCGUCGCCCGCGGCCGCCUCGCCGAGGAGCGCAAGACGUGGCGCAGGAGCCACCCCCAUGGGUUCGUGGCGAAGCCGGAGACGCUGCCGGAUGGGUCCGUCAACCUCAUGGUCUGGAAGUGCGUCGUCCCCGGCAAGGAAGGCACUGACUGGGAGGGUGGAUAUUUCCCACUGACUCUGAAUUUUCCUGAAGAUUACCCAAGCAACCCUCCCGUCUGCAAGUUUCCAGCAGGGUUCUUCCACGUCAAUGUCUACCCUACUGGAGCAGUGUGCCUAUCAAUACUCAGCAGUGCAUGGAAGGCUUCCAUCACAGUUAGUCAAAUCCUCAUAAGCAUCCAGGAGUUGCUUGAUCAUCCAAAUCCAGCGUCUCCUGCACAGAGUGCUUGUUAUCAGCUCUACAAAAAGAAUAUGCGUGCGUACAAGGAUGGUGUUCGUCAGCAGGCAAAGCAAUAUCCUUCACCUGUGUAGGCGUGUAGCCACGAACCAACUGAGACAGAGAUUCUAGCAGCUGACCAUUACUCAUUUUGGUUGAGCAUGUUGCGACUGUAAAAUCCUGUAACCCUGAUGUGGUGUGGCGGAUUGGCAACAUAGCAGUAGCUGCAUUGUUGUUGCUGCUAGACUGCACUUGGAUCACAUCGUAAACACCUAUUAUCAUGGCUUAUCUAGCUAUCUGCAUCCUGUGCGGUCUAGUGC